UGCGGACUGAUGACGUAGAGGGUGGGGCCGGAAGUGUCGCUCCCCGGGUGGGGGCUGUUCAUGGCGGUUCCGGGGUCUCCGGCACAUUUACCGGGUGUGGGGCUGAGUCCGACCGAAGUCGAGGCGGCGGAGCUCGAGGUGUUUGCUGGUGUGAAAUGACCGAGUACAAACUGGUGGUGGUCGGAGCUGGCGGUGUGGGGAAAAGCGCCUUGACCAUCCAGCUCAUCCAGAACCACUUCGUAGACGAGUAUGAUCCCACGAUAGAGGACUCGUAUCGAAAGCAAGUGGUUAUUGAUGGUGAGACCUGUUUGUUGGACAUACUCGACACAGCUGGACAAGAAGAGUACAGUGCCAUGAGAGACCAGUAUAUGAGGACGGGUGAAGGCUUUCUCUGUGUCUUUGCCAUCAACAAUAGCAAGUCGUUUGCAGAUAUUAACCUUUACAGGGAACAAAUUAAACGAGUGAAAGACUCAGAUGAUGUACCUAUGGUGCUGGUGGGAAAUAAGUGUGAUUUGCCGACAAGGACAGUUGACACAAAACAGGCUCAUGAACUAGCCAAGAGCUAUGGAAUUCCUUUCAUUGAAACCUCAGCCAAGACCAGACAGGGUGUUGAAGAUGCUUUUUACACACUGGUAAGAGAAAUACGGCAGUACCGCAUGAAAAAACUCAACAGCAGCGACGACGGGGCUCAAGGCUGUCUGGGUCUUUCAUGUGCAGUCAUGUAACCAAAUGGAGUUUGGAGUUUCAUCCUCAGAAAAGAGCCACUUUUUGAGCUGCACUGACACCCUGGUCCUGACUUCCCUGGAGGAGAAGUAUUAAAUACUCAUCUUCAGUCUCCCUGUGAAGCCCUUUGCCACUUUCCUGGUGCCCAGUAGUAGAUCAGCACAGUGUUCUCUCGUCUGUUCUCUACCUGAGAAGUUCUCAGAACAACUACCUCCUCACUUGGUUGUCUGACCAGAGAAAUGCACCUCUCCUUACCAGUGUUUCUUCUCCCUGGGCUUUUUCUCUCUGGGUUGUUUGGUUGUUUAUUUUUUCCUCUCUAGGUUUUUCAUUUGAAAAGAAAUUCAUGCUCUGAAACAGAGAACCAAACUGUCAAAAUACUGUUGAAAACAGCAUAUUGAGCUCCAAAGUACCAGCUGCUGGUGAUUAUUCUUUUUUAAUGUUGACCUUGGACCUGUGUUGAUAUUUGGAGCAAUGUUAUGAAUAACUUUUGUUGAAGUCACUGUCUGGUUUUGUGGAUGAUGUUAUCUGGCUCCAUAUGCUAACCUGGCAUCUGUUCUUCCUAUCACAAAUAUGAAAGCAUACUCCACUCUCAGCUGUAGUACCUUUUGCUAAUACUGACUUUUGUGUCUACUCUGGUUCUCCUCUACUUUUACAUAAUUAGAAACACCUUUCCUAAUGAAGUGCCUUUUUCUUAUAAGUGAUUUGUAGAAUUUUCCUUUUUUAUUCAGUGAGAAAACCAUUAAAAGGAGACGGUCUCUCAUAAACCAUUACACAUUAAGAUGAAUAUCAGAAGCUGUCUACGGCCAGUCCACUUGUGUAGGAUGGGUAGGCAGCCAUGUAUGACAUAAUAUAUCUUCAUCUCAGAUAUGUUGUAUCUGGUUUCCCAGUGACCUGUUUAUGGAAUCUACAGGGAGAAAUCUGAAAUGAGAAAUACUUAAGAAUCAUUUCACUUAUUUUUUACUCAGUCUCCACUUUUUUUUGCUUCCUUCUCCCCCAAAGUUAUUGCCUACAGAUUGUAUGUGCAAUUUGUGAUUAGUGUUUCCUUUAGCUUUUAUUCUUAUACAGAAGAAAAAAAGUUAGUACUUAAGAAGCAGCCAGCCAUCAUGUGCUAAUUUGGACCAUGCAUUUACAGUUGUGUAGGCCUUACAAUAAUUUAGGUGAGAUUUUCUUCAAAAGGUGCAACCAAUGAUCUUCAAGUGUUAGAUGCAAUAUAUUAAUAGAGUAAAUAAUAAGCAACUAAAUUUUAUUUUUGCCAACUUCACUACAUUCAUCUGGCUUUUAUUGACUGUUAUACAUAUUAUUGGAGGGACAGGAUGUGCCUUACCAUCCUGAGCCAGCUAGUUAUUAGUUCACUUGGCUAGAGUAUGGUGCUAAUGAGACCAGGGUCACAGGUUUGAUAGUAAUGCUAGCCAUUUAUUACCAUGCAAAGAGAAACUCUGCCAGGGCCACAGACUACCGCUCCUAAUUCCAGCCAAUUUUAUCAUUGUGUAUAUGCAACUCCGAAAUUAUGCAGGUCUGUGUUUCCUUUGGAGGACAGUAUGGAAGUAUGAAUUGCUUAAGGUUAGGUUGAGGUAUAGCAUAUCAGUUUAUCACUUAUUAAACAUCUGCUGUGUAAGAAGGGCCACACAUGGCCUUUCUCUUAAAACUGUGAGACAAACUGAACAUUCUCUGUGCCAGAGGGAGCAUAGAAUUACAAGUUUCACAGAGUCUUAUACACCUGGUAUGUAUCUUUCAUUCUACAAGCUUUUUCUUUAGUGUGUCCUAAGCACAGUUGGUCUGAACUGGGCCAAAAUCCAGAUUUAGAAAUGGUUUCCUGUUAGAUCCUUGUUAAAUAUAGGUGUGAUAUCUGGCUGGAUGAGGUGAUAAACCUAACUGUUGUGAGCAAGUUAAGCUAUCUAAGGUAGUUGGACUUAAAAUAUGGAUUAUGGAUGUUUAUGGAUGCCGAGAACUCCCCUCAGUUACUUUGAAUUCUGAGAGCUUAGCUUCCCUGAAGUUAAAUCCUUAGUCAGCUGUCAUAAAUUUUGUAUUCCUUUGCAGCUGGUCUUUGCUGUUAAAGGUUGUGAGUUCAAGAGUAGGAAGAUAGAAUAUCCUGUUUGGCUGGUGCUGCAGUGUUUACUCCAUAAAUGUUUCUAUGAAGUGCUGUUUAUAUUCAAACAGCUUAGUAUAGAAUCUUGGUAAUAAAGUGCUAUACUCAAAGCAUCACAGUGUGGGUCUUAUGAAAGGUAGAAUUGAGAACAAGAAUUUGCAACUCCUUGUUCAUAGAUCCCAAGUACAGUCCAAAAGCUGUGAAUUCUUUCAUCUUUACCUUGAUGACAUGUAAUUUAAAAAAAAAUUCAACAUAUUCAUGGGAAAAUAUCAGGUUCUUUCCCCCCCUCCUGAAUUUCAGUAAGAGUAAUCUAAGUUUAUUUUAAGUUUGGGAGGUUUCUUUUCCCCUGAGCCUUCCAUAAUCCUUAAACCCAAAUGUAGCAUGUCUGGCUCCUAGGACACAAGAAACAAGUGAAAAAAUUAGGAAGUUUAACUUAAUAUGAACUAAAGAAUCACAAGAAAGAGGCAUCUCACUGGGGUGAAUAUUAAGCUUUGGUGGUUUGUAUUUGGAACUGACAAGAUUUUAAUUUAUCUUUCAUCUUUACCACUAAAUUACAUGUAGUUGUGUGACCUUAGGCAAGUCACUAAAGGUCUGAGCCUCAGCAAGGAGAGAAACGAGCUCUAGAGACUUUUCCAGUUCCAACAAUCUGUGAUUCUACUAGCACAUGGCUAAUGUUUUUCAUAUCAUUUUGUUUUCCAAAGGAACCAUUUGGUUCGAAGUGGUAUUUUCCAUGUCAGAGUAUCUGUCACAUGGAUUUCCAAAUAACUGGUGACAGAAUUCGAGUGACCUUGGAAGGGGAGUUUCAGGUCAUUCCUGUGACUGUUUUUUGCAUAGCUCCUAGAUGAGGGUUGUCUCUUUGGAGUUAUAUAACAUAUAUUUUUGUGCCACCAAAUGCAGGAAAGUAUAUUAAUUGUGCAAAUCUGCUGUUUAAACUGGAGCUUAUUGGCCUCCUUGGUCCUACACAGAAGGGCUAAUAUUUUAAGUUGAAGAUUUUGUUGUAAAUUAAUCCAUCUUAAAAAACAUUUUGUUCAUUUGAAUUUAAAGUUGGUUAUUGUUCUUGUUAAAUGAUUUUUUAAAAAAUAAAACUGGAAAUUCA